CGCCGCCAUUGUGCGGCGCUGGUCCGGUCGGAGGGUGCUCGCUGCGGCCAGUGCCUUGGCCUCUCCGGGUCGCUUCUCGCCGUCGGGUUCCAGGAGCCCGGCGGGUCCGGGCUUCCCGUCCGUGCCGGUGCGGGCGCCGGCAUGUGGCUGUGGGAGGACCAGGGGGGCCUCCUGGGCCCCUUCUCCUUCCUGCUGCUGCUGGUGACGCGCAGCCCCUUCAAUGCCUGCCUCCUCACCGGCAGCCUCUUCGUCCUGCUGCGCUUCUUCAGCUUUGAGCAGGUGCCGUCCGACAGGGCCCUGCAGGUGCUCAAGCCCCGGGACCGCAUCUCCGCCAUCGCCCACCGCGGCGGCAGCCACGACGCGCCCGAGAACACGCUGGCGGCCAUUCGGCAGGCAGCUAAGAAUGGAGCGACAGGUGUGGAGCUGGACAUUGAGUUCACCUCCGAUGGGAUUCCUGUCCUGAUGCACGACAACACUGUGGAUCGGACGACAGAUGGGACUGGCCGAUUGUGUGAUUUGACGUUUGAACAAAUUAGGAAACUUAACCCUGCAGCCAACCAUAGACUUAGGAAUGAUUUCCCUAAUGAAAAGAUCCCUACCUUGAGGGAAGCCGUGGCUGAGUGCCUGCACUACAACCUCACAAUCUUCUUUGAUGUCAAAGGCCAUGCAAGUAUGGCCACUGAUGCUCUAAAGAAAAUAUAUAUGGAAUAUCCACAGCUGUAUAAUAAUAGUAUGGUCUCCUCAUUCUUGCCAGAAGUUAUCUAUAAGAUGAGACAAACGGAUCAGAAUGUAAUAACAGCUUUAACUCACAGACCUUGGAGCCUGAGCCACACAGAGGAUGGGAAACCACGCUACAGUGGUGUCUUUAAGCAGUUCCUGUUUGUAGUAAUGGACAUUUUGCUCGAUUGGAGCAUGCAUAACAUCCUGUGGUACCUGUGUGGGAUUUCUGCUUUCCUCAUGCAGAAGGAUUUUGUAUCUCCGGACUAUUUGAGGAAGUGGUCAGCUAAAGGAAUCCAGGUCGUUGGUUGGACUGUCAAUACCUUUGAUGAAAAAAAUUACUACGAAUCCCACCUUGGUUCCAGCUACAUCACCGAUAGCAUGUUGGAAGACUGUCCCCCGCAGGUCUAGACUUUUAUCCUGGGGAAACACAGGUUCAGAAACUGCCUGUCGGCCUCAUGCAGGGAGAUCCAAAUACCCUUUGUGCUAGCCCAAGCCCUGGGGGAUCAGGUGGCCAAGCAACAGGGCAAGCAAUAGUGGGUGAUUACAUAUUUACCUGAACAAAUUAAACCCUGGUGUUGCCAUGCUCCAUGGAAUACCCAAGUUCAACACUGUCGCUCUUGAAAAUCUGGAUCUGAAAAAAGGCACAGCAGCCCCGCCCCGACCCAGCUGAGGCCCACACCCAGACCCAGUCAGGAUAAGCACAAGACGAGUUGUGCGGUCGGGAUUCAGACGUAGUGCAUGGGACUUGCAUGAUCACUUGGAGUUGACAUUUUAAAACUUGCCACAUCUAAGUAAUUGACUUACUUGAAAUAUUUGUAUUCAGCUCUGUUAACAGUGUGCUCUAGAUGUCAAACUUGUGACCAUACUAAUAAAGUCAUUAAAAGGAGCACAAGAGGAAAACUGUGUAGCCAGCAUCACGUUCUGAGGCCCUGAGGAACUUGGGGAAGCCGCUCAGGUGAGGCUUCAGUGUGCAGCAGCCACAGGGAGAGAAGCCUUGGAAGCAACGGGAGGAAUCUGACAGCGUCUUGAAUGAGAGCUGCAAACCACCAGGGGGCAGAGGUGCGCUGUGGAGGUGCAGGAGGCAGCUCCCAGGAACCUCUAGGCUUAUCCGUAUUGUACAAAUGAAAAUACCAAAAUUUGUGCACAAGGAGGGCAGCCUCAGAACCUCACAGCUGGUGAUGUAGCCAAGAUCCAUCCCCUGAUACCCGAAAUUUCUUGUUUAUUAUAGGCCAGGAACAGUGCCAGGGUUUUAACAUGCCUGACAUUGAACCCUCACAAAGAUUAUAGAAGUGUUAUUAUUCUCGUUUUACUGAUGAGGAAACUGAGGCACUUUCCCAAGGUCUCCGGGUCCACAGUUCAGUUGGGGAUUCAAAUCCAGGGAGGUCUGACUCCAGGUCACAGCUCUUUCCCACAAGAAUAUCCAGGGAUGUGAAUAAACAAUGAAGACAUUAAUAAGUACUGCUAAACACUUCCUUGGCAGGCUUAAUACAGAGUUAAAAAAUAAUAGAAUUUAUGAUCAGAGAAAGCCAAGUCUGAUAUGGGCCAGGUUAAUUCAUCUGUAACAUAGGGGGGUAGUAUGUAGAGUACCUCCUCAUGAUUAAAUGAGUGCAUGUAAAUGCUUGAUAAUAACCACUGACUGCCUACCAUG